UGUCUUUUCUAGGGCUGUCCCUUUAUUUGAAUAUACAGUAGUUAAGCGGGGCUGGCGUAUGGUUGCGUCGCAUGUUUUUCUCUUUUCUGAGAGAAGCACCAGCGUGACGUGGGUUUUUUUAUUCGGCGGAAAUACUCAUGACCUAUGUCUCUUUAACAUUUGAAUGAUAUCAUCCAGCUAGGAAGGCGUCUUCUCCGCCGCAUGCAGAAACAGAGCAGUGGAGAGGAACUGCUCGCAACCAGAAAUAUGGACUUGCACAUAUUGGACCACAGGCUGAGGGUCACCAGUAUAUCCAAGAAUGGUCUGGUGAAUUUCACACACCCACUGAUAAAGCUGAUAUUUCUCCGGAACAGGACACGAUGCAAGUUCUUUAGUCUGACUGAGACUCCAGAGAACUACACAGUUGUCCUUGACGAGGAAGGAUUCAAAGAGCUGCGGCCCUCUGAGCACCUCCAGGUAGAGAGCGCCAUCUGGCUGCCACUCAACGUGGUCUCUAAUGGCAGUGCCUCCAGCAGCUCUCAGGCUGUUGGCGUGACUAAGAUUGCCAAGUCGGUCAUUGCACCCCUUGCCCAGCAGCAUGUCUCUGUUUUCAUGCUCUCCACUUAUCAGACUGACUUCAUCCUGGUGAAAGAGAAAGACCUGUCUGUGGUCGUCAGCACACUAGAGGAGGAGUUCAAUAUCUAUAAGGAGGAGGGAGGAGAGUCUGUUCCUGUGCAUUGUCAGGAUGUUUCCAACGGCCUCCACAAGAACGGCAGAGAAGCCAUUCAGCCUACAGUUCACCCGGUUCUGAUCCCAAAGAACCAGUUUUGUGUCAUGUCCCUGGAUCCCGAUACACUGCCGUCCAUUGCCACUACACUCAUCGAUGUUCUCUUUUAUUCCAGCAGUCCUAAAGAGGACCCCCAGCCAAGUCCAAGCCAGGAUUGUGUUAAAUUCUUCUCCUUCUCCCUCAUCGAUGGAUACAUCUCACUGGUGAUGGACACUGAGGCUCAGAGACAGUUUCCGGCCGAUCUUCUCUUUACCAGCUCUUCCGGGGAGCUGUGGAGAAUGGUUCGCAUAGGAGGACAACCGCUGGGUUUCGAUGAAUGUGGUAUAGUUGCCCAGAUAUCGCAGCCUCUCGCCGACAGUGACAUCUCUGCCUAUUAUAUAAGCACCUUCAGCUUUGACCAUGCUCUGGUCCCUGAAGAGGACAUAGUCAGUGUGACAGACAUGCUUCAGCACCAGAGGAACGAACCAGCCACCAGCUGAUUUCUGAAGGACUGAUAGUUCUUGAUGAUCUUGGCUCUUUAUGUCCUCUUGCUCCAGUUCUAACAGCUAGAGGUGUCAGGCCAGCAAAGAAGGAGACUAACUCUGUGCCUAGAUUAAGACUGCAUUGCUAGCAGUAUUAACUACUACAAAUUUGCCAUGAACACCGCAAGCGCUUUUCUGUGGUGCGUGCACACAGUUUGUAUGCGAGGCCUCCUGUUAUACCUGUCGAGGCAGGAUGCACAGGAUGAGCCUUAGGGGGUCCUCAAGCUGACAAAUGCGCAUCACAGUACACAAACACUUGAAAACGGACACAACCACACUUUAGCAUUCAGUUUCACAAGCUGAAAGUUGGGCUUGAGCGUGUAUAAUAGACAUGUAUGGUCAGAAGAUGAAUUGUUUUGCAGCAUAGACCAGAAUACACUCAACACACAUCUUAGUCUUCCAGUGUGGUGUUAUAUUAUAAUAUCGUGUCAAAGCAACAGUUAUUUUGUUUGUGAGGGAUUUUUUUUUUCUUCUUUCAUUUAAAGACCAUUUGCAAGUAUUGCUGUUUUCAUUUGUGUUCAACUGGAAGUGUGUAGCUUGAAACGCAACGCGGUGACAAUUAUCAUGCAAAAAAAUUUUGGUUUUGACAACAGAGCUCACUUGUUCUGGUUUGAGAAGAAAUAUGUUGAUUCUUGUGUCAAAACUACCACAAUCUCUGUAGGGGGCGACCAUUUCUCCUUUUUUAAAUAAAUAAAUAAAUAAUGGGUCAGCAUUUCUUAACCUGAGGUCAAUAACACUAUGUCUUAUUUUGUUUGUUUGUUUGUUUGUUUGUUUUUCUUGCACAAUAAACUUUGUAUGUAGCUAAUAUCACUUAGAUUGUUUUUCGGUGGUACAAAUGCAUUUUAUACAAUUUUGAAGUAAAAUUCUUUUUGUGCUGCUUCAGUUAAUAAAAGUUCUUCAAAAUAAGUUCCAUGUUGGCUUUGGUGUAAGUCAUUCCAACAAGUACUGACAACAAAUGUUGCUGUCAUUUGUCCUACAUGAUGCAACUGGGCCUGUAUUAAGUAGCUUUGAUAAUAGUUAUUUAUGGGAGGGGGGUUUCUUUUUGAAGAAACAGUUGAGACAGCUGAGAGGCGAAAUGUGGUGUUCUUUUGGUUUUCAUUUUAAGAGUAUUAACAAACCUAAACCAACACACUAAAAAGUUCUUCCCAGCUGGAGGUGCAGUAGGGCUCAGAUCAGUGAUAUUCCUGUUGUGGCUGUAACAGGAGCAAUUACUUAUUAAGCACAUUUGUUGAAGAUUUUCUUAAGUUCAACCCAAAUCAACAUUGAACAGGCUAUUGGGCAAAAAUCCUGACUGUUUACCUGCAGGAAUUUGGUGUUUAAAUGCUCAUCGCUGAGUUUAAAUUCCAAAGAUGAAACCAAAGCAUAGCUUGUGUGUAUUUGAAUAAACAAUAAUAUUUAUUAAACUGAUUGUUGUCCAAAGGUGACAUUUAAAAGACAAAGUGGAGGUCCCAGAAUGGAUCCUUAAGAAAUAAAAGAAGGCUGAUCUGUAGAUCUCCUAGCAAAAGGGUACAAAAAAAAAGAGAGAGAGAGAGAGUCUGUUGCAGGUUUGCUCUGAUCAUUUUUGUUAAUCACUGACUGAACUAUACACCUGCUUUACUGUUUUUGUAAGAAAAGUUGAAGAAAAUGCGACAAAAGAAACAACAAUUUUGCUUAAGACAGCUUUUGAGCUUCUUCUCCACCUCUUCUUUAAGGUUUUUCUUUUUCUCUGUAAGAGAUUUUAUUAAGCAACACCAGCAGCAACAUAGCCGCAAACACAGCACCAUGCUUUUCUGCGAAAGCAGGCUAAGUCUAUUCUUGUCUGACAGAUUGGCGUCUGCGUGACGUCUUAAAGCUUCAGUCAUAAAGGGAAAUUUGUGGUUGGAAGUUACAUAAAACCAUGAUGGGCAGGUAAUAUCGGAAAAACAUAAAAGACAAAUACGAUUUUCUUUUUACUUGACAUAUACUGGAUGCAGUUAAUGUCCUUAAUAAGACAUAAAUUUAAAAAAAAAUUUUAAUCAAACCUAUUUACACAAUAUUUCCCUACCUUUCUGACUUGUGUCCCCUUUAAACAGAAGUGGGUACUAAUGAGUCUUUGUCAAAGUUUUAAUAUAUUAUUUUAAUUAAAUGGGAUUUUCUUUUUCCUGUGUUAACUUUCAAAUGGUUUAUUGUUGAGCGUUAUCCGUGUUAUCCAACUUCUGUUUAAAAACCUGGCCUAUAUAAUGCAAGCCACAUCGCAUGCAGAUGGAAUGUUUUUCAUGCUCUGAUAUAUUUUGAGGAUUUUAGUUAUCUGAGGUCUAUCUGACCAUGGUCACACCUCUUAUGAAAUCAUAUGAUCCAAUAAUAUGUAAUAAUGUGAGUGAUGUUAAAAAAAAAUUUGUCAUGGAAUUUCUUUGUAUGAGGUGAAUGUGGGUGUACCUAAAAGGCAAUUUAAGCCGGCCUACCAAAGCAAAGUUGCAUGUUGCUGUUUUGUAUGGUUUAUCACGGACCACUGAGGAUAAGAGUUAGUACUGCUACUAUGGGUUCUAAACUCAAUAGAUCUCUCUUGCACUAUGCAAUCCUCUUGAUCUUCCUGGAAGUUCAGUGGAGUCCUGUGUUUUCUGCUCCGAUUUGUCCAUCUAAUAACUCCUGUGAUCAUUUGAAGAGAACCAGUGACCUUGCCAAGUUGUUCAAAUUCGAAGCAACUGAGCUACUGAAUUUAUCU